AUUCUUUUGCAUACACAUACUAUAAUAAUUACAAUGAAGCCAUUAUCAUCUUCUUCGCGUUUGUUAGAAAUAACGGUAAUGUCGGGCGAGAAUCUUCUAGAUAACAGAAAUCGACCGGUGAAGAAGAACGCCUUCGUAAAUAUCAAAACAGAAUCUUAUUCAUGCAACCUCCAAACAACUAAACUGGAUAAAGAAGGUGGAGGUUUUCCAAAGUGGAACGAGAAAUUGAUCGUUGAUUUGCCAAUGCAUGCGCGGCAUCUAACGGUGGAGGUUCAAUGUAAAAAUUCCUCCGGGAUCAAAACCGUUGGGAUCGCAAAAGUUCCGACGUCGGAUUUUAUUGGAGGAAUUUUGCCCGAAGAUUAUUUGCAUUUUUUGAGUUAUAGGCUUAGGAAUGAAAAGGGGGAGAAGAAUGGGAUAAUUAAUUUUUCUGUUAGGGUUAAAAAUGCGGCGGCGCCGUCUCAAAGUGCGGCCGGCUGCGCUGCGGCUUAUACGAAGGCCGCACCGGUGGAUAUGGGAAGUAGUUAUAACGGUUCUUGUGGGAUUGUUACGGGUUUGCCCGUUUAUCCGGGGAAUUUUCUAGGUAAUUCAAUGGCGAAGAGAUUUUAAAUUUUUGUUCUUUUAUUUAUUUUAUCAAAUUGAAUUUGUAUAGACAUGUUUAGGAUGAAUUUGAUAACUGCUUUACUCGACAGAAAGUUAUGUCGUGUUUAUUAAUUAAUAGUCUAUCAAUUCAAAAUCAUAAAAUAUCAUUGAUCAUGUCAUAUCUACCUUUUAAUAUCCAUAAUUAAAUGUUUGGUGUU